CGUUUCUUUGAUGCAAUCGUUUAAGCUGGAAAAGCGAGUCUCUGCAUUUGUGAAGAUCGCUUGCUCGGAAGAGAUGGUCGUCGUCGUUUUAUAUUUCUGAUUGUGUUCGGCGAUCUGAGCUUUGAAAGCGAGUCAAAAGAGUUCACGAUUGGAUUCUGUGAUUUCUCUUGUGCGUUCUAAGGUGGCGAAGAGAGUUGAUUGAACUCUGUAGAGAGGAGGUUCAUGCCGGUUCGAGGUUGAUUAGGGUUACGAUGAGAUUUUCUCCUCGGCUUGGUCUGAAUUCGACGAUCCAAAACUCCCACUAAAACCUCGAUCGAAAUCUAUUGUUAGAGAUUCUAAUCUAAGAAAUCAUAGGCUUAGGGUUUUUUUGCUUCUGCUGUUUGGCUAACCAUUUCUCCAUAUGCAAUAAACCUCUCAAGAUGCCUACCCUUCCAGAACUUGCUGCGGAAUCGCCAAUUGCAAUCCCACUAUCGCGAACCCCUAACUCUAUUAUAUUAGAAGAAUCUGCUACUCAUGAACAGUGGCCCUUCGAGUGCCAUGGAUUUUGGCACAAUGUGGCCCUGAUUGUUCCCUCUCUAUUGUUUGUGCUCUACUUGGCUUUCCAGGCCAAGAAGAGCUACGCGAAGCUAUCCAAUGGGCGAUCAUAUAUAAUGAUUUCGUAUUAUGGCACUCUUUGGCUCGUUAGCUUGCUAAAUCUUGCUUGGUGCUCCUUGCAGGGAUGGGAGUGCAGUUCUGGGAAUGAAGUAGCAUGGAAUAUCUUAUCUUUGCUUACAAAAUCUGGAAUGUUAUUUCUGGAAGUAAGCUUGGUUGCUUUUCUUCUUCAAGGAAAUUAUGUGAGCGGUUUUGAAGCUUUGACGCGGACAUUCGUUAUUUCAGGGCUCGUUGUUGGUUGUGACAUACUUCUGAAGGCAAUUUAUGUGUUUGGAUAUGGUGUCCCUUUGUUUAUCGACAGCCUAGAAAAUCCACAUCUUAAGUGGGGCUUGUGGGUUGUCCACAGGCUAGUGUUAACUGCAGUUUAUGGCUUCAUCUUGUUCCUUUAUCACUCCAAGUGGAGAGAAAGGCUACCUGCAAGACCCGCAUUCUACAAAUACGUCACCAUCAUGUUCUCCUUGAAUGCCUUAGCUCUGUUUGCUUGUGCACUUACUGGGAGGGGAGCAAAUUUCGGAUUCUGGUUGUACGGUGCCACAAUUGUUUGCUACCAUGCCUUCUACCUUCCUUUUAUAUAUGUGACAUUUCUGGCAGACUUUCUCCAGGAGGAAGAUUUGCACUUGGAGAAUGCAUAUUACUCGGAGAUGAAAGAUGCUGGUUUCUUUGAUGCUGACUGGGAUUGAUGACAGCCUGUCUGACAGUAUAAUAUUGUUGUUACGCUGUAAAUAAAAGUAAAAUGGCUUGAGAACUGAAAGUUCCCUUGAUUGGAGACAUUCUUCCUUCAGUUAUGUGGAUGUUUUUCUAGCACUUACAAAGCCUAGUGUUGUGGAAUUUCAAUUCAGGGGCUUGGUCUCUAUUUUGUGCACUAGAAGUUUAGGUCGAAAUCUUGGUGGUUCUCUAUAUAUCAUAGAUAGUUGAAACACUAAAGACUUCUGUAAUGAAAAAAAAAUUAGAAGCCA